AUGUCGAGACCUCACAAAGUCAAGCCAGUACCUAGCAAGGCUGGCAAUUCCUCUGCAGGUUCACUCAUCACUCCACCACAGUCAGUGAGUGAGUUAGCGAGCUCGCCAAAAACAUACUUUGGCGAACCAAUCAAAGUUUGGUCUCAACAAAAAAUGAGGGAGCGUUGUAAGUAGCAUGUCUCCAAUCAAUAACCUCAUACUCGUGCUAAAAAUAACCACAGUUCUCAGUCUGCUCUUCAUCCAAUCUUCAGACCUGGCGACUCGCUCGUUGAACAAAGCAACCAAUGAUCUUUACUCGGUAGAAAAGUGGGACUACCGAUCAGUCAUAGAAGAUCAAGAACUCUACUUCAAGACAUUGCAGUUGUUGGAGACGGAGAAGGAGAGUGAGCUUCUGAAAUCCAUUGUCACAGAGGCAAGGGUGUGGGUUGAAAAAGAAAAAGAGGAAGCAGAAAGGAUGGAGGCUGCAAAUACCCUUCUUCUUUUCAGUCAAAGUGCGGUGGUCCACCAUUCGAGUCGAGAAGGGAUGAGUGGAGAGCCUUCUCAAGAAGAAUCGGACGCCGCAAAUAUCCUUCUGAGCAUGCGGUAUGCUCCCGUGGAAAAUGCAGUUGUGGAGGAUGACUGCGAUACUGAUAUCGAUGAAAGAUAUCAGUAA